UGAGUUUUCGGUGGAUUUGAAUGUUAUGAAAUUAUAUGAAACUGUUGAGUUUGACCAAAUGCGGCGGCUGUCCACACCUUCCUGCCCCAACUCCAGCUCCAACUACUACACGGUCUGGAAAUACUUCUGCAGGGACCACUUUGGCUGGAGAGAAUACUCUGAGCCUGUUGUAAAAUUGAUAGAAGAAGCCAGCUUCCGGGGUCUGAAGGAGGUUCGGUUUGUUAUCUGGCAUAACCAGUAUAUCCUGAACAUCAAAGAUGGAUUCCAGCAAAACGCCUGUUUCAGAAGAGAAGUCAAGAGGAGGCCCCUGUUCCGCUCCUGCGUCGUGCUGAUGCCCUUCUUACAGACCUUGGGUGGCACCUCUCCAGUACCACCUUCAUCAGCUGAACCAGCUUCCUCACAUGUCUUAUCUCCAACUGCUGUUACCUCUCCAAACUUCUAUCCUGAAACCUGGAUUAACAUGGAUCCCUCUCAGGACUUCAUCCAAGUGCCUGUUCCAAAGGAAGAUAAAAGCUAUAGAACCAUUUAUAACCUGUUUCACAAGACUGUGCCAGAGACCAAAUACAAAGUUUUGAAAAUCCUGAGAGUGCAGAACCAGUUCCUUUGGGAGAAAUAUAAAAGGAAAAAGGAGUAUAUGUCCAAAAAAAUGACUGGCCUGGACAGGAUAAUGAACGAAAGGCAUUUGUUCCACGGCACCUCCCAGGAAGCGGUGGAUGGAAUCUGCAAACACAACUUUGACCCACGCGUCUGUGGGAAGCAUGCCACCAUGUUUGGACAGGGCAGUUACUUUGCCAGGAAGGCAAGUUAUUCCCACAACUUCUCCAAAAGGUCACCCAAAGGAGUUCAUUACAUGUUCCUGGCCAAAGUCCUGACAGGAAGGUACACGGUGGGCAACCACACCAUGAGGAGACCUCCGCCGGUGAACCCCGGCAGCAUCACCAGCGACCUCUACGACUCCUGCGUGGACAAUUACUUUGAGCCUCAAAUUUUUGUCAUUUUUAACGAUGAUCAGAGCUACCCUUAUUUUAUUAUCCAAUAUGAAGAAGUUAGCAACACUGUCUCCAUUUGAAAACUUGUGCUACUAAAUUAUUCAGUUUAAUAAACUCUCUUCUCUGGCAUUGGUAGCAGUUUUUCUGGAAAAAAAACCAACCAAUUUGGACGUUGCAGAAUUCAUUAAAUUACUUGCUUGGAAGGAACUAAAUCGCAAAAUAUAGAAAAGAAGAUCUGAAGUGACCAAUUGUGCACUUGCUGUUUUGAUUAUGUAUGUGCAAAUUGUAAAUAUUUUCCCAUUGUUUAUAGUUGAAAAUCUGUGCCUUUUGUUAUAAAACACGGUUUAUUUAUGUUAGUAAAUAUUCAUGUUUAAAA